CGCUCAGUCGCUCGCGUUAUCGUUGGGGGAGUCCACCUGAGGAGUGUCGGCCGCCAUGGUGUCCGCGCUAAGCUUUGCUACCGCUGCUGUGUGCAUCUGCUUCGUUUUGUGCGAUGAUGGCCAUGGCAUCUACAAGAAGUUCCCGCCGGCUGCUUUUACCAUUGGCUUCGGCCAUGACCACGGUUUAAAGAUUGCACACGGCGGCCUCAAGGUCGGCGUGGGCUUCGGCAGCGGUGGUGGUGGCAUCGGCCUGGGUCUCCUGCAUCGCGUAGGCGGUGGCGGCGGCGGCGGGUACGGUCAUGGUGGAUACGGUGGCGGACAUGGUCAUGGCGGUGGUCACGGUAUAACUAUCGGCCUCCUCGGUCACGGCAUUCACCUCGGCCACGGAGGAGGCUAUGGUGGCGGCUAUGGCGGUUACGGCGGAGGAUACGGACACGGCUGGUGGUAGACGCACAAACCACAUUCAUCAAUUCACCUGCGUUCCCGCUUCUGGAAGCUGGGGAGGCGACCAUCAUCUGUACAUUACUGCCAUCAUCACACAUCUGACGUGGCGCCCGUCCAACGCCACCUCUCUGCCCGGGUCCAACGGAGGCCCAGAAGCGCUGCCCAGGCGGCGAAUCGCGCGGCCCACGUCCAGCGCGUCGACGGUCUCGCCUGUCAGUAGCUGAGCUCUGUUCGGGACGAGCCGAAACGAGACGCCACCGUGCAUCAGCCUUACGCGCCCCACGGCACAAUGCAUUGCUCAAACGCGGGGGUACAUUUCACCGCCCUUGUGUGUUUUUAGAAAAAAAAAAAAAAACUUUGGGCAUGUAUUUCUCGUCACACGCAAGCAGCUCGCAUCGCACAGCGUCAAUCAAAGAUAAUUCAGAGGCUGUAUAUAAAUGCCGGUUGUGUUGUUUGCCAUGCGAAAGAAGCGGAUUGACGUGUUCAACAAGACAGACAUGAAAGUGACCUGGGCCAUCGAUCUGGCCGGUGUCGUUCCGACGCGCAGGUGCAGAGCUCAGGCUGGAGGCAAGUUUUGUGAGUCAGGGUUCCUUCGACCUGCGAUCUGCAGACAGUUCGUUCGAUCACACACUAGACGAGUUUAUCAAAUUUAGCCCCCCCCCCCCCUUCUUUGCUAUCACGUUGCACCGCUUCUUUCGCAAAAUCAACUGACUUAGCGUCAAAUCACACUUGCUCAGCUCGACAUGGAACGAGUCAUGCGGCUCUGCGUGUACAGGGGUGGUCAAAAGUUUCAAGGCCAUCAUACUGUGUAAUCUUACGGCAGCACGGUCAGAUAACUUUUGACCCCCCCCCCCCCCCUGUACAUUUCAAGUGGCUCACCUGAGCUUCUUUGAAUGCCAACGAUUGAGUGAUAAAUGGAUGCGGCCUUUUUGAUCGAGAAAGAAAUUUAUGCCGAAUGAAACUAUUAUGAGAACAUUCAAACUAGCGCAUCAUGUAUUCAAAACAGACAAAUGACUACUCACCACGGUAACAGCGGUAAAGAACUAAUUUCACUUCAUAUCUUCUCUCGUAUCAUUAUGUUGGGUAAGGCAAAGUCAGAUGUGGGCUAAACUUUACAUAGUUUUUUAGUCGUAUUCCGGCGUAAGGGUGUUAACUUAUUGAGCUGGGCUUCCAUUAAACUCCACUGACUGGUGUACAUUUCUUAAAGGUGCGCAUAGACAUGCAUGGGUAACGGUUGUUUAGUGUAUGUAAGUCGGAAAAAAUGGAACGGAGUAAAGUUCAUUCCAAGAAACAUCGCUAAUCUCACGUGCGGUUUAUAACGUAACCUCUCACCAUCUGUACUACUUUGUUGUUAUUUUUCACUGCCAUUUUUUCUACUACAUCCAUAACGAAGGUGACAUGGAGUAGAAACAUGACUUUGACAGUCCUCCUUUUAUAAUUUUUAUUUGUUUCGUGUAAUUAAACGUGCACGACCAUGUA